CUUGAUGACUUAAACAGGUGGAGUCUGCUUCUCAUUUCUCCUUUUAUUUAUCCUGAUAAGUUACUUAAAGCAGAACAUAUAGCUUUUGUGACAGAAAGCAUUUCAGCUCAGACAGAUAAUUUGCAGAAGGUACCUGGCACUACAGAAGAGAUUGUGAAGUGGUCAGACUAUUGUUCACCAUUGGCCUAUAAACCUGGUGAGCCCUAUAAGUUAAUUGCUGAAGCAAGUGUAGAUAAUUUCAGUAGCCUUGGAAUAGCAUUCAUGGAAGACAGGCUUCAAAUGGAUAAUGGCAUGGUGCCACACAAGAUUGUUUCUGUCCAUUUACAGGAAUCUGCUCUGAAAGAGUUGGCACAGGUGGCACCAUAUGUAAAAGAGCAAAGUGUAAGCAGUACACAGGUGGAUGAAGUAACUCCUACUGCUACUUCUAGGACUAAAUUGGGAUUAGGAGUAGCUGAGUCUGCAGGACAAGGUGAAGAGGGGAAAUCCAAGCUACAGGAAGACAGUGAGCAGGAAGAUGAAUCCAGCACUAUAUCUGACAAAGAGGCAGAUGCUGAAGAACAUCAUCACUUGCACCUUUCCAGCUGUCGUGAAUGCCUGCAACUUGAAAACAGUACUAUUGAAUCGGUCAGAUUUGCCUCUGCAGAAAACAUUCCAGAACUUUCUGAUGAUUGCAACAGCAAACUGGAGGAGAAGAAUGACGACUAUCUAGAAAGAGGAAUAAAGAGAGUAAACCUUGCUGGAAAGCCCCCCAAUAUAUUGAUUUACCUUGGCUCUGAAACUGCAGAAGUAGAGUUUGAGCAAGUAAAAUCAAUCCUUCAGGAAUGCAUUGAUGCAGACAGCUACACCAUUUAUCAGCUGCAUGAGGAACAAGUUCUGAAAGCUCCAUGGGUUGAUAAUUCACUGCUGUUGAUCGUUGCCACAGAGAAGCCCAUUUCUGAAGAGAAUCACAAACAGUUUAUGAAGUUUUUGUCUAAAGGUGGAAAGAUUCUAGGGUUUUCCUCAUCUUUUACAUUUAAUGGCAUACAAAUAAAGAGAAAAAACAAACUGAAGAAGACCGUUCAUGAGGUGGUGGUCUCUAAAAUGGACAGCACUGAAAUUAAGUUAAAUCUUUUGGUCAGUGGCUGUAUUUUUGAGGAAGUGAUGAAGGAAGAUACCAACAAAGUGAAGACAUUGAGUCGAUUAAAUAAUGCUGAUAAAGAUAUAGUUAUUGUUCAUCUGACUUACGGAGACAGUGGAGGGGAAGCCAUUCUUUCUCAGGCGCACUUGGAACUGGAUAUCAAUUCUAUGGAUGUCAAAACUGAAGAGGAUUUUAAUUUGCUUAAGAUAAGCAAUAGCAAGAGAUAUGAAAUUCUCAAGGAGAUCCUGAUAUCACUUGGCCUGCGUUGUGAAUUAAGUGAAAUUCCUAUGUUAACACCUAGUUAUCUUCUCUCUUCUGAUGAGGAUAUCCACCUCGCUUUUCUGAAAUGGCUCGAAGGAAGUGUAAAUGCGGAAGGAUUAAGAGCAUCCAGCAAGGUGUCUCUUAAAUUUGUUUCAUCCUGUGAAUCAAAAAUGGAGAUAGCACCAUCUCUCAUACCAGUCAUCACUGACAUGGGAAGCUUUUCAUCAGAACAUUUCAGCCUGAAGACAUAUCAAGAGAAUCUUCAAACAAAGAAGCUUGGAAAGAUUCUUCUUUUUACUGAAGUUACCACUACAACAAUGGAUCUUCUAGAUGGGUUAAUGUUCGAGUUGCCUGAGGAGAUGGGUUUAAUAGCAAUUGCUGUUCGACAAACACAAGGGAAAGGUCGUGGUGGAAAUGUUUGGCUGAGUCCUGUGGGCUGUGCACUAUCUACUUUACAUAUCACCAUUCCUCUACAUUCCAACCUGGGCCAGAGAAUUCCUUUUAUUCAACACCUGGUGUCCUUGGCAGUGGUAGAGUCAGUUAGAUCGAUACCAGGAUAUGAGGAUAUUGAUCUGCGAGUCAAAUGGCCAAAUGAUAUUUACUACAGCGAUCUUAUGAAGCUUGGUGGAGUUCUGGUAAACUCUACACUCAUUGAAGCAACAUUUCAUAUACUUAUUGGCUUUGGAUUUAAUGUGAAUAACAGCAACCCCACCAUAUGCAUCAAUGAUCUCAUCACAAAAUUUAAUAAGGAAGAGGGGACAAAGCUGAAGCCUUUAACUGCAGACUGUCUUAUUGCAAGAACUGUAACUGUGCUAGAGAGGCUUAUAGAUAUUUUUCAGGAGAAAGGGCCCAACGGAGUUCUUCCCCGUUACUAUAAGUACUGGGUACACAGUGGCAAACAAGUCCAUCUUCGCAGUGAGGACGGUCCAAUUGCAUGGAUAGUCGGGAUAGAUGAUUAUGGAUUCCUCCAGGUUCAUGAAGAAGGCAAGGGUGUAGAGUCCGUGCACCCAGAUGGCAACUCUUUUGACAUGCUGAGAAACCUCAUCAUCCCAAAGCAUUAG